ACGAGAUCUAACCAUGUCACUCUGGUCUUGCCUCAGCUCUCUUCUGCGAAGGACCAGGGCGCCUUACGCAUUUCGUGCGAGUGCUGAAUCCAUGCAAGCGUGGUUGGAGCUGGGAUCUUGCCCUCCGUUUUCAAGCGGGUCGAAAUCUUCCCGCAGCCUGGUGGUUUUGUGACCCAGCUGCAGCCCCAUCUGCAGAGCACAAGCUAAGUCCAAAGCGCCGACAUUUUCUUUUUCCCACCACCAGCUUUGAGGCCCUUCCAAAAACGGUCCGCCCCAGGAGAGAUUGGUUUGCCGAAGCGAAGGUCGCUCUUGUGAGUGGCGUGCAACAGCAUGAUUGUCCUUCCGGCGUCACCUAGGCUGGUGGAGUAACUUAAGAGCUUGUGGGCGAGUUCCCGUCUCCACACGAUAGCUGCUGUGGAGAUAAUACCUAAGAUGCGUUCUUUUAAGCCGUCGAUCUCCUAAUCGUUUUGCGAGUUGUGCACUCUCUUGCUCACACUGUGGAUUCCCUUUCGUUCUUUCAAAUCCCUAGGCUUUUGCUCUUCUAACCAAUGCCUCAUUCCGUCUCACCUCCGAAUGAGUCUUGUGUUGAUAAACCACCGAAGAUGAAACUUGUACUCUCUCGCGUCGAGGAGAAGGAUUGGGAUGAGCUUCUUGAGGUCGAAUACGAGGCCUUUAAAUCAGUAGACAUACAUCAGGCGCUCUUUGGUCCAAACACCAAGGAGAACCGAAAGCUUGUCAAAGAACACUUCAUGGCAGAUUCAAAGAGUGACAUCUCAGACUGCUGGAUGAAGCUUGUGGAUGAGACCACGGGUAGGAUUGUAUCUGCCGCGCAAUGGAAGAUCUACCCAAGUUGGACAGAGAAGAAGGUUGAACCUUUCCAAGCACCAUUUUACGAAGGAAAGCAGCGUACCGACGCUGAACAUCUCGCGAAUGACUUUAUCGCGAGGAGACAGAAAUAUCAAUACGGCAGCCCACAUGUGUUGCUUUAUAUACUGUUCACGCACCCUGACUAUCAACGAUGCGGUGCAGGAUCGAUACAUGUCAAAUGGGGCACAGACCUUGCGGACAGACUGUUAGUACCAACAUGGGUCGAGGCCUCUCCUGAUGGCCAUCACUUGUACGAAUCGAAUGGUUUUAGAGAUGUUGAGAAGGUGUAUAUUCAAACGGAGAGUUGGCUGGCAGAUUAUACCAUCAUGAAGAGGCCACCUAAGACAUCCUUCGAGGCAGGGCGGUCGAUUGUGUUGAGCUAGACUUCUGUUACAAGGUUAGAAGAAGGCUGGAUAAUAACAGCUAAGCAGAAUUGAUUGUUCACAUAUUUGACUCAAGUCGAACUCUAGACAAGCGAGAUACAACAGGGGGUACAUGCUGCAGAUUAAAUUGAAAUCAAAAGCAC